CCCACCUCGGAAGAGGCCCGGGACGCCGGGUGCCGUCCGCGGUCCUCAGGGGUGCCCACCUAGGCCUAGGCCCGGCCUGCUGGCAAGGCCGAGCCGCCGCUCUUUAUUUCGUUCGUAGUUUCUGCACAGGCUGAAGUUCCGUGGGUUGGGCUGUACUUGGGACCUCUCCGAAGAGGACCCGUUUGUUUUUUUUGUUUCCAAAAUGGCAGCCUCCAGCCGCGCACAAGUAUUAGAUCUGUACCGGGCUAUGCUGAGAGAAAGCAAGCGUUUCAGCGCCUACAAUUACAGAACGUAUGCUGUCAGGAGGAUAAGAGAUGGCUUCAGAGAAAAUAAAAAUGUAAAGGAUCCUGUAGAAAUUCAAACCCUGGUGAAUAAAGCCAAGAGAGACCUUGGAAUAAUUCGUCGACAGGUCCACAUUGGCCAACUGUAUUCAACUGACAAGCUGAUUAUUGAGAAUCGAGACAUGCCCAGGACCUAGCAAGCCGGGACCAGCCACCAGCAGCAGCCAGGGACCACCUUCAGCAUCCAUUCUGUGUUUGAGAUGGGGGCUCCCAAAGCCAGAUUACAACAGCCUCUUGUGCAGCCUGCCCUGUGGGAGCUGAUAAACUGAGUCACAUUUGCAUUCUGCUGUAGCCUUACUGAAAAAGGACGGCUGUCUGUCCUUGGUUCAAGUGUUAGAAUGAAGAGCUGGAGCACCUUCCGAAUAAUGCCAUGUGUUACCGCGUCUCCCCUCCACCCCACUCCUAUCUUGUAGCUCAUGACCACUGUGUAUAGUAUUUCUACACUUUGUUUCUUGGUCCUUGACAAUAAAAAGAAUUGUCUUCCUGAGCCUUUCACACCAGAUAAACCCCUCCCGAUUAAUGCAUUUUCAUUUCCUACUGAUACAGGGCCUGAAGAGGGCUGUGGGGGACCCACAGGGAGGGCUCAACCCUGAGCUGAGAACUGCCUUGGUGAAAGUGAGUCCAAAUACCACUUGAGACUGUGGACAGUGUGGAGUAGGGCAGGGCCACAGGGGUACAAGGUGCACCCUGCAACUCAUACCUGGCCCUAGUACAACAAAGGUGAGGUGUGUAUAGGUACACACCCAGAGAUGGGGCACUGUGGAUCAGCAGCCUCAGCCCCACCCGGAGCUUACUAGAAAUGCAGGCUCAAGCCCCUCCCCACACCUGGUAAAUGAGAGCCCCAGCCUGACCCAAGCCCAUGGUGACCCCCACCCUGGAGCCUGGGACAUGCUGGGCAGCCCAAAUCUGGCUGGUGGACUGAAGCACCUGGAGAGUUGGAGAGCUUUUUCAAAAGACAUCUCAGCACUUCCCUCUCUGCAGAUUCUGACUCAGUAAGUGAGGGGUGAGGCAUGAUCAUUUUUCUCUAUUUCUAAAGCUCUCCCAGUGUCUUUUAAUGUUUAGCCAGUUGGGGACCCCUGCCCUUUCAGUAUAUUACAAGUAAUAAGGGUAUUGUUGGUGUGCUUUUA